UGCCCGGGCAAGGCCUCCGGGAGGCUUCCGCCAUCUCUGCGCCCUUGGAGAGGCUCGAACCUGCGGGUGCCAAGCUGCGGCGUCCCUGGGGAGCGAGGGAAACAAACAAAUCAUCCACACGGGCCACCAAAGAGGAGCAGAGGCUCGGGCCAACCGGCUCCAGACACAAACGCACCGGGCCAGCUCAAUUUAACGGGGCGGAGGGAGCGGGGCUCCUGCGUCAUAACGCGGCGCCGGAAGUCCGCGGUCCGCGCCGGUAGCGAGUCCGCCUCUGAGGACCGGCGGAAGUUUUGGCGUGCACCACCGAGUCGCUCAUUUGAGCUGCUGGGGCACCAGCAAUGGACACGCAGAAAGACGUCCAACCCCCAAAGCAGCAGCCGAUGAUAUAUAUUUGUGGAGAGUGUCACACUGAAAAUGAAAUAAAGUCCCGGGAUCCAAUCAGAUGCAGAGAAUGUGGAUACAGGAUAAUGUACAAGAAAAGGACUAAGAGAUUGGUGGUCUUUGAUGCCCGAUGAAGAGUGGGAAUUCAGGAGCACAUUCAUUUGUGCACGCGACCCUUUGAUGUUUCUCUUUAUAGCGUUUGGCCUAGCUUUCUCACAACUACAGCUGUAUACCUAUGGUUUCAUUUUAGAAAUGUGAUUGUAUCUUAAUAUCUUGUAUAAAGGAAAUUUUGGUUUAACAUACGGCUUUUAACUUAUUGUGCUUGUAAUCGCUCACACAAGGAAAAUUAAAAUUGUUUCCCCAAGCCA